UUGCGACAUUUGUCACAAAAACAUAACCUAAGUUUUUCAAAUAGUUGUGUGGCAAUCUGUCAAAAGUUCAGUUAAAGUGUUUUAAAUUUUUACAAAUAUGCAUUUUUUCACUAAGUAAAAGUUCAUAUUAAGAAGUGAUGACAAAGAAAAAAUCUGAAAAUGAGUUUUCUUCACGAUACUAUAAUCGUACUCGCCUCACAGGUAAUGUUCUUUGUUGGGGCUUGGCUGUUUUUUAUGAAACAAUUAUUCAAAGACUAUGAAGUACGGCAUAAAAUGGUCCAACUGAUUUUUUCCAUCACGCUAACUUUAUCUUGUACUAUGUUUGAAUUAAUAAUCUUUGAAAUAUUAGGACUAUUAGACUCUAGCUCUAGGUUUUUUUACUGGUAUCUCAUGUUAUAUUUGCUGCUAUUUGUUGUGAUAGUUCUGAAUCCAUUUUAUAUUGGAUAUUACUGUGUCAGUAAUAUUAGAUAUGUGAAACCAAACUAUGUGAUGAAGUUGACUGUACUUGUCUGGAUAAUGUUUUUGAUAAUUUUUUGGAAAAUAGGCGAUCCAUUUCCAAUAAUGAAUCCAAAACAGGGGGUGUUAUCAAUGGAACAACUAGUGUCCAGGAUUGGAGUUAUAGGAGUGACAGUUAUGGCUCUGUUAUCAGGAUUUGGUGCUGUUAAUUAUCCUUAUACUUCAAUGGCUUAUUUUAUGAGAGAAGUAUCUGAGGCAGAUGUUGUAAGUAUAGAAAAAAGAUUAAUGCAAACUAUGGAUAUGAUUUUGAUAAGAAAAAAAAGAAUUGCAAUAGCCAAAAAGCAAUCUUUAGAAAAUGGGAAGGAUACCAUAAAGAAGACCAGUUUCUGGGGUAUUCUAUCUCCGAGUGGACUUAAUAGAAACCAAGAAAAUAUUACUCAGCUGAGGCUAGAAAUCGAGGGGUUGGAAACACUGAGUCGAACUCUUUUCCUAGAGGUUCAUGAAAACCGCAAUAUGUUGGAAAGGAUAGAGUGGUCUAAAACGUGGAAAGGAAUAUAUUUCAAUUUUUUGGGGUACAUAUUUUCUGGAUAUUGUCUAUGGAAAAUUUUCAUUUGUACUGUAAAUAUUGUUUUUGAUAGAGUGGGAAAGAAAGAUCCAGUUACACGUGGUAUUGAAAUAGCUAUACACUGGAUGGGUUGGAAUUUCGAUGUGAACUUUUGGUCUCAACAAGUUGCAUUUUACCUAGUAGGCUGUAUAGUUGUCACAUCAAUUCGUGGAUUCAUCAUUACAUUAACCAAGUUUUUCAACAGAAUGUCAUCUAGCAAGAGUUCAAAUAUAAUUGUUUUGGUAUUGGCGCAGAUUAUGGGGAUGUACUUCGUAUCUUCAGUUUUGUUGCUUCGAAUGAAUAUGCCUGUACAAUACCGUGCCAUCAUAACUCAAGUACUGGGUGCCUUACAGUUUAAUUUUUAUCAUCGAUGGUUUGACGUUAUAUUUUUGGUUAGCGCAUUGGGAAGCAUCGUUACUCUUUAUUCAGCUCAUAAGCAACCUAUCAGAGAAAACAUGUGAUAACUCAGUUUUUUAUCGUAAUCAAUUACUAUUAAGUUUAUCAUUAUUUGAUUUACUCAAAAACUCCACUGCUUUAUUUAUUCAAAUGUUUUAAUGUUACUAUCUAAAAUAGUAAUAAAUGUCUUUCCUUAUAUUCAUAAUGUUUUAAUAUAUGUUCAGAUGAGAUGUUUGAUUGGAUGAUUGAAAUCAUGUUUUGGGAAAACACAUGGACAUGCCUUGGAUACAAACCAUGAGGAAUUUGAAAAUCAGAUGAAGGUAUAGAAAUAAAUUCAAACUUACAACCACACAAUUUGGCAACACUGGUUAUUGUUUUAUUUCAGUGUUGUAAUGCUUGGUUUGGGAUGUGUUUACUUUUAAUUUAUUUGAUAUUGAAUGUGAAACUGUGUACAAAUACUGUAAGUGCUGAUAUUUGUCUGGUAAUGCAAUGCCUCUGAUGUUCAUAUAUUUUAUUUGUAUUUUUUUUUCAUAUACUUCAUAACACAAAAUAUAACUAUCUGCAUUCA